CUAAAAGCCCGGCGUAUGACAGACGAAAUUAAUAAACUGGAUAAAGUAAUUUCGGUUAUAGUGCUAUUGAUUAUCAUCGACUGUAGAGAUUAGCCCUAUCGCGUCCCACUACGUGAUGUUGUGUCUAACUGCCUAACCCCGGCGAUUGUUGUUGAAAGAGACGAAGCAACGCGUAACGUCGCACUUCCGUAGCGCGUUUCUCCAGUAAGCGUGCAAAGCAAUUGACACUUGUUUUCGCUGGUGAUUUGCAUCACCGAUUUAACAAGCAUUUGGCCGGUUGUCAGCGGUGAUCAUUUACAGUGAUUUUAGCGGAAGACAUCGUUUUUGUUGGCUGCAGGUUUCGGUUUAAUUUCGCGCGUGGAGACACCUUUACCAUUGCUUGCUUACCCAUACCUACAGCCAGUCCAACCCUAGCAAGUCUGUCACUUGUGCUGCCGCACGAGUUUGUUACGACGAACUAUCUACAGCUGUCGUCGUUCACCACCCUAAUAGACUAAAGGACCAUAUAACUUAAGGAGAUAUAAUCGCGAAACAAAUCGGAAAUCGUUGCCGUUCCAUAUUAGUGGGCUUUGGGACACCAGUUUUCUUUUUACCGGUGGCUUAUAGUUUUACUAUUCUCAUUAUACACAACGACCCGGAGUAUUUUGCGUGGCCCUGCCACUGUUCUUCUUUUCCUAUACUCUUGUCAACGUGUUGCAAAAAGUUUGCAUCAGAACUGGUGCGGUUACGAACGCCGUGCACAACUGCCGUUGCUGCUGUUCGUUUGCUGAAGCUUAAAUAGCGUGAAGAACUUAAACCGGGUAGCAGUGCAACCCCGGUACGGUUGCUUAAGGUGAAGUGUGAUAACAUCUGUCCGUUUUGUUUGUUUAUUCUACUGCCCCUAUUUCGGCUGCCGGCACAAAAUGAGCUCCAGCACCAGCGCGGACGUCAAGGCCAACGGAGGCACUAAUAAUGGUGUUAUGCCACCGUCCGCAUUACCAAACAAUGCUACAGGAGCGGGCGUACCUCGGAAACGCGCAAAGAGAAAUUCAAGAACGCUAUCCACUGGUGAUGCUUCAACGGUUGAAGCAAUCUUGCUAGCCAAAGCGUGCCCUCAGUUAAAAAACUCUCGGAGAAGCCGUGCCGGUAGAGGUAGAGGCGCUCCUAAAAAAGGGGGUGCCGGAGGCAAGGGUACGUGGGGCACUCCUGGGUCAGAAAUGCAACCUGACGUCGUCGACCAGCGUGACCCAAAUUACGAUUCAGAUGGAGAGCGCGAAGAUAAUGUCGAAUUCGAAGCAAUAGCACCCGCUGUUCGACCCGAAGAUUUGGAGAAGGUGGCUGGCCCAUUGAUUGUAGAGUACUUCGAACACGGCGAUACCAAUGAAGUUAUUAUGUCAUUGGAAGAGCUUAAUCUUAGUGAAGUACGCGCUGACCUCGUAGCACUGAUAAUUCAGCUUUCUCUUGAGCGGAAACCUUCACACCGAGAGAUGUCAUCCGUACUUCUUAGCGAUUGCUAUGACAGGGUGCUUGAGGAAAAAGACUAUGAAAAUGGAUUAAAGCUUCUUCUUGACUCGAUUGCUGACAUCUCGCUUGAUACGCCGGAAGCUGCAACGUGGAUCGGAAAUUUCGCGGCUCGUUGUGUAGCUGAUGAUUGCCUGGCGCCCAAGUUUCUACAGGAGUCAUCGCACGAGCCCGAUUCUUUAACAGAUAAGGCUCGGGAGAGCUUGUCUCACGCCACCGCUCUUCUCAAAAUGCCUCACGGAAUGGUUCGGCUGGAUAACGUUUGGGGGACUGGUGGCGGUAUGCGUCCUGUACAGUCUCUGGUGAAACAAAUCCAGUUAAUUCUGCAGGAGUAUCUUGCGUCGGGUGAUGUGUCUGAAGCUCAACGAUGUCUUAAAGAGCUCGAGGUUCCGCAUUUUCACCAUGAGUUAGUGUAUGAAGGAGUUAUAGCUGCAAUUGAGGAUAUGCACGAUGCUGCUAUUUGCUCGCUCGUGAAGCUGCUCAAGGAAUGCGACCGUAGUGGCAUCGUAACGCCUCAACAAAUGCAAAGGCUCUCGCUUGAGGGGCACCGCGCUCUGACUAUAACAUGGACUGAUUGACAUUGUUGUAGAUUACCCAUUAUUUAUCACCCGUCCGCGUCUUUACGAGAAAAGGGUUGUCCUUAUUUCAUUUUAGGGGCUGAUCGGCCGUGUAUACAGAAUUUAACAGCGUAUGAUUUGUUGAAUUAGGAGAAUUCUAAAUCUCUGCACGAUUGUCGUAAUCUUAGAUUACAGUAAGAAUUUCAACGUCCUCAUAGCUAGAGGGUCGACCUGCAGUUGCCUCGUUUUCAAGCUGAAGUCGCCAUUUUGAAAACAAGCUAACCACAUUUUUACCUUGAAUUCGGCUAUAGUAUUAAGUUUGUGUACGUUACAAAUUUUUCUAAAAGUUUGGGUCACAUAGACAUCGAUUUUUCGUCUGGAGGUGUUUAGAUUAUUUAAUUAUUAGUCUCGUUUUAUCUCUAUGCAGUUUUUUUGUAUUCUUUUGCCGUUUUCUAGGUAUAUUGUGAUAUAUACUGGCGAAGACUAAAGAUAAUAAACAGCCUAGGGUUGAGCUUUACUUUGAAGUGAUUAUACCGUAAUUUAAGAUGCCGUGGAAGUGUUUUCAUAUUCGCUAGAAAUCACAAAUUUAUACGGGCAACCACAGACCGCAUAAAUAAGCAGCUAAAUAUGAUGCAAAAAACAACCAUUUUUUAACAAUAAAACAACCACUGCCCAAUCAAUUCAGUUUGUGGCCAUUAGCCAAUAAAUAGGCCGCCCAGGAAUUUCACAUAUCGAAGCACCUGAACUAAAUAUCUGCAUGCAUAUUUAACGUGAAAAAGUUGCUUUUCUCUGCUUUCUAAUGAUAAGGCCCAUGACGACAGUGUCUUUAGAAAAGCAUUUUUAAUUUAAUAAUUUAGUAGACCCCUAACUGCAACUACUGCUACAAUUCGGCUUUGGCACACUUCGAGCGCGUUCUCUUUUAUGCCCGGUUCUUAAAAUUUGGGGCGUUGUAUUCUUAAGUUGUGAAGUGUUUGUAACCUUCGUGUUCGGCUCGGAUUCGUUCUUUUUGCAUAAUGUCAUACGUUUUCGAUCGUAUUCAAGUUGAAUUUUCAAGCCACGGCGGAGCGUUAACAACAUCAGCGAUAAACACCUCAAAAACACAGUUUGCCUUUUAACAUAGUGACUGAUCAUACGUGAACACCUAGUUCUAUUCGGACACCAUUCUCGUAAUCAGGGCGGCGCUUUUCUUCCAAAUUACUUUACCGCAUUGUCGUUUUUCCGUAACUACACAAGCAAAAUGUAACUCCUGUACUAUGGAUGGAAAUUAUAGCUACGUCAUUAUUUGGCUCUUGUUGAAUUACAUAGAACUUGUAAGAUGGAGCCGGAACACCUGUUGAGCAUUACAACCUGAUAAUAAAAUGCGAUUCCUCUAAAAAACAGUUCCUUUUUGGGAUCUCAACUGUUCAACUUAGAGAUAGUUUAUUCAAAAUUCAUACUACUGUGCACAGUUUAAGCAGCGCUUUUUGGCUAAUGUACGACAGUUAAAAUCACCAUUUCAAUCCGACCUCAAAAGGUCCUUGUGACUACGCGCUCUGUCACCUUUGCGCCAUCCCCUGGUGCUGAUAAAAGAAAACAUAAGCUGGUGUCUUUGUAGUUCGGCUAGAAAUGGCCUGUUUCCUCGCUGCAUUGUGCACCAUUUUCGACUUUUGUUUCUUUUUUUUCUUAAAGAUUUAAGCAUUUUAUCUUUCACCUUCUAUGCUAAAUUACUCGCUGCGUAGUUUGAUACCCCGAGCCACUGUGAGGAGAAUUAUCCAAUUCAGUUCACAGUGGCUUUUUUUUGCAUUACCCUAGUUUAAUAAAGUCCCUGUUUUUCGUGAACUUAUUACGAGCUUAUGUAAAGUCGUAAAGGAGGCACGAAAAUUCAACUUCAAAAUAGAGUGUGACAACAACAUGUCGCUGUUGUCGUCGAUAAGAGUAAAAAUUACUGCUUGUAAAAAGAUCUCGAAUCAUCGGCCUUUUCAACGACGAUUCGGACGAAGGCGCAAUCGAAUACUCGAAUUAUGCCUAAUGGCUCGCAUGUUCACGCAUAUUGUGAUGAACAAUUAUUACGUUACAUCUCUCAGUAAGGACGUAUUUUGAUCUGGCCUAAUUUAAAUACAUAUAUAUAUAUAAAACGCCAAUGUUUCAUGCGAUGUGCGGCGAAUAUAGAGAAGUACCGUGUGAUCCACAUGUCUUCAAGAUUCGUACUACCUAUCUGAAGUAAAGAUGACUGGGUUAUCAUACCCUAGACCGCUUGCUACUGAUUGUGCAGUUUUGGGAGUGUCUUCAAAAGAAACUAGUACGACAGUGCCGUCUCAAAAAUUCGCGAUAAACAGUGACGUGACUAGGGCACAUUCUCUUCUCCGAGUUUUUGUUGCUUUCAAAAGCGUACAAAUUAUUUACAUAUAACUAAUAUAAAAACUGCAAAAGAAUCAAGUGCGUAACUUCUUUCUUAAUCUUUCCUCCUAUUGCAGAUCUUGCACAUUAUACCUGUUCUGGUUAAUACACUGCCAACAAAAUCCUCCGUCAGAAAACGUUUCACUUUGUGUCGGCGUAUCCUUGCUCAAUGCUAUUUUUACAUUUGACAAUACCGUUAGUUUUCUGGCGUAAACUUUAGUUUGAAAGUAUGCCCCUACCUGCAAACACGGAUAGGAUACAUUUACUAAUGCUCCUGCUCAAUGUGUGUCAGUUUUGUCGAUUGUACCGUUUAUUUUCAAUGUAGCUUUGUCGUUCUAAGGAGGCUUCUCCAAAAAGUGUGCAUUUAUAUUUUUCCAUUAUUAUUAUUAUUAUUAUACCAUUCGCAAUUGUUUUUUGGCCAGACUACCUCUAUCUAUAUAAUGUACCAUUGCUAUAAUGUAAAUUUUCCCUUUACAAUGAUUGCGAUUGAUUUAAUUUGCUAACGCCAAGCUCAUCACCCAUUCAUUUUACAGAUUUUUUUCAGUAUUUUGCUAUGCUUGUCUGGUACUCUUUCUUGGUUAAUGAAACUUGCUGAUCUCCUUAAUUUUAUAUAAAAACUCAAAGUAGUUCCAUCCGUUUCGAACUCAUCUUCUAUCCGAUUAAUUGUAAGUUGCCCCGGUAGAUCCGCUUGUAACUGAUAUUACAUACUGUUUUUCUACUGCAUAUUUACAAUUGCACCAGCAUAUUAAAAUGAAUUUUUAUUGGUCAAAGUUAAUCUUAGUCCAUUCACUUUAAAUAGAUUAUAUUGUAAGAGAAAAACGAUUAUAAAGUUAUGACCGGUUAACCAGUGUAAACAUUUUCGAGACAUCCUGUACAUAAAGUUAACACUUACGGCUGUUUUUAAGAUUAAAUUAAAGCAACCAUUUUUUUCGAUUACAAAAUAUCACUAAACUAAAUAGGCGCUAUACUGAUUGAUGACUUUCUGGGAAGUCAUAAUUAUUUUAGUUUCUGGACGAUAAAUUGUGACAUUUGAUGUGUGAUUUUUGCAUGCUUUCAAUGAAACGAACACCAUUAAGGAGAAUUCUCUUUCAUUAAGGAAUUCUGCAGGGAUAGAAACAGAUGAAUGUCUAGUAGGGCAAAACUCGGAUCUUACCGCAGGUACAUUAAAAUCUUCCAUACAAGUUCUUUUAAUUUUUUUUAUAUAUGUGGUCUGGCGUCGACAUAAUGAAAAGCACGAUUUCCUUGAUCACUAGUUCCGGUCGAUUUUUCUCGUAAAAUUGAUUUUAACAGUAGGGAUUCGAAUUCAUUGUUUCGCCAGACGGCACGAGCUAGUGAUACACAAUUUCUCUUCAGUCCUACCUAACACAUGGCGUCACCUUCAUUGGCAUCAUUCUGGGCUUUGCUAUCUAUUAUAAAGUAUUUUAUUUCUGUUCAGUUGCAUAUUGUUGUUGUGUGUGAUCUUUUUUGCAUCAUCCGUGCAAAACUGAUCUCGCUGCGUUUCUGUAGAAUAGAUGGAAACACUAUCAAAUAAAUUUUUUGCACGAAUUCCGUAACACCCAAACAUCAAGCCUUUCUUGUGUGGCCAGCUUGUUUGCAAUGGUUAACUGUCCGGUUGUAGAUGUUUAAUUCGUUGUUGAUGUCAUGGCUACGCACGUAUCGCUCUUGCUCACCUUUCAUUCAAUUUCAUCGACUUUUCUGGUAUAUGGUAAACCACUACAAACAGCUCACUUCCAAAACGCAAGUGGCAGGAUUUUCCAAUAGCAAUUUUUCCGAUAACGCCUUUUGAGCUCUGACAGCUUUUGUAAAAAAAUAUACCCAAUUUUUGCAGAAGUUUCUUAUCUUGGAGGCGGAUCUAAUAUAUUAAAAAAACGUUUCACCAAUUUUUGUAAAUUUGCUGCUGUCAAACCUCAGUUUUCAAGCAGCACCAACGCCGAACUGAUGCAACUCAUACUUAUCAAACUACAUGAAUCAUCCAGGUAGAAAACACUGUCAGUUCUUUUAUCACCUAAUAUCUACUAUACAUAGUGUGGCAAAUAUUUUUGUUAUUACUUGGAAGGUCUAGCUUGACCUAUGUAGAACGAGGUGCAUAUGCGUAAAUAUUGCAACAAUCAGCAAGUUAAAUUGGGUAACAUUUCUAAAUAUUGCACCCUAAUACUGUUUCUAUAAUACUUUCCUUUUUAUGUGUU